AGCUGUGUUCCGCCGCCUGUUCAUUCUGCAUCACAUUUUCGCUCACCACGGCACCAGCACGGCGUGCGGCGCACCUCCUCCUUUCUCCCGAGGAACGCCACCCGCCAUGGCUCCGUGCGCGGAAGUCCUGAGCAGCUACCAGCCUUGCUCCGACCGUGGCGAGGAGCCUUCCGAGGAGUCGGAGCUGGAGGGACCCUCCGAGGACGAGCCCACGGAGAUCACGUUCAGGCCGUUCGCAGCUGAGGUGCGCCCAGCGAGGCCGGGUUCUGCGACGCUGGAGCUGGAGGCCGAGGCGGCCCUGCCCGACUGCGAGCCCUGCAGCGCCAAGCUCCAGCUCGGCGAGGACGGCCUGCUUGUCCACCUGCACGACGGAGGUGGGCGUGGCCGCCUGCUGCAGCUGCUCAUGCUCCCGUCGGUGCAGGUCACCAAGGGCCCAGGCCCCAGCGAGCUGCGCAUCGCCGGUUCGUGGCCCUCGCCGGGCGCGCAGCUGCGGCUGGCGUCGGCCGGCGAGGCUGCGGAAGUGGUGGCCGCGCUGUCGGGCAUAAUGCAGGAGGUGUCCCUGAGCUUGCUCGCGGCAGCGCCGCCAGGUGCGCCGACGUCGCUCGUGCACGAGCCGCUGACCCAGAGCCGUGGGCCGUCUGCGGCAGGGAUAAAGAGCCAGGGCCAGGGCAAGGGCGAGCUACUGUGCGCUGGAUACCUGCUCUGGUCCAGCCUGCCGCGGGGCCUUUCGGAAGACCCAGAGGCUCCUCAAUACAGCCUCGUGUGGGCUGAGCUGCGAGGGCCCGAUCGAUUUGGCUACGCUUGGAUCUUCUUCUACACAUCGCACCACGACGAGGCCGCCCUGGUCCACAAGAUGGCCUGGCCCAAGCCGGGGCAAGACCUGGUGGACAUCCGCGGUUGCGUCGUCAGCUUCGCCCUGGCCACCGAAGAGGAGGAGCUGUGCAUCGACGGGGAAGCCAGCACCGACCACCUCACCUUUGCGACGGAGCUCGAGGCCCAGGUGUGGCUGCGCACCGCGACCUCGCUCUACGAUGGCGGGGUGGGGCCGGACGAGGACCUCCUCGAGCGAGCGGCGAAGGGUGCCCGGGCGCGCCUGGACGGCGCCCCCCCGCAGCCGCUGCUCCGCAGGAGCGACGAGGCCGCCUGGCCGCCGGAGCCCGACGCGCUCCCGAUGGACGAGGUGGCCGUGGCUGCCCGGCGCGGCGCGCUGCCGUGGCAGCAGGAGAAGGCGGCGGCCUCGUCGGGCUUCCCGCGCUGGCCCUGGUGCCUGGAGCCCGCCGCGGCGCUGCUGUCGGUGGGCUGGUGGCGGAGCAAGGUCGAGGGCUUGGCCUCGGCCUUCGGAAGCCCUCUGGCGUCGCUCCGCGCGUGGAGGAGGUCGCCGGCGCUGCCCUGGUGGGCGCGGAAGUGGCUGCUCGCCGAGAGCAGCUAGAGGCGCUGCGUGUCCAGCCUGCUCCGGCAAGCCCGACGGGCGGGCGCCGGGAGCGGACGGAGAGCGGGCUUCUCAAGGAAGUCCCACCUCGGCCCCGCCGGGACGGCGUCUGGCGCGCUGCGUGCUCUUCCCUGCCGCGUGCCGGGCGCUGCCGCUCGCCAGGCCCAGCUGUUUCCAACCGAGCUGCUCUCGACCUCUCUCUCCAGGCAGCGGACAGUCGAUCAUAAUGCUGCUGCGCCUCACCCUCCUCCUCAUCCUCCACAACAGUAUCCUUU